AUGAAUUCACUUGAACAUGCCACAAACUGGUCGGGCACUCUUAGUAUGCUCGUUGGUUCUACUCUCUCUGGAGACCGCAUUCAACUUCCUCCUUCUAUUCUAAGCGCUCUAUACUCUUAUUCUGAUGUUUCACUUUCUCCGCUUACUUUUAUGAUCCAAUUUGUUUCUGAUACUGCUACAAACACUACUCAUGGCUGCGUUCGUGAAUUCACUGCUCCUGAAGGAUCCGUCAUUGUCAGUCCAUUCCUAGCUAAACAACUCUUAAAAUCAGCAUCCGCUGAUUCUCCUACUGACCAUCUUCUUAAUCUUACUCUAGUCUCUCUCCCAAAAUGCCAUUUUGCCCAUUUGGCUCCGCUGGAUGACACCUACCUCCAGAUCCCUGACAUAAAGUAUAUCCUUGAAUCCCAUCUAAGACAAAAUCAUUCGACUUUAACCUGUGGCGAAACACUAUCCAUCACUCAGCAUUCUCCACUGCGACUGUUCCAGUUUCUCAUUGUCGAGUUGAAACCGGCCAGCGCGUGUCUGUGCAUUGAUACGGAUAUGGAAGUAAACAUUCAUCCUGUCGAUCCCAUACUUGCUGAAAAGGCGGUCAAAAACAAAAUAUUGGGUCAAGUCGCUGAGCCUGAUGAUAUCAUAAACCUUGUCUGGCAUAUAGAUGGCACUCACACUGUGCAUAAACCAAAUGACAUUUCCGGAUUACGACUUAUUGUGACGCCAUCGCAAGGAGAUGCCGACUGUUUUGUAUCUUUGAUAUCUGAGCAUCCUUCAAUGCUGGAUCACGAUUUUUACAAUGUAGAUAUGGGCGUGAGCAAUAUCUGGUUUAAUCUCUCAUCAUCCUCGGUAGAUGUUCCCUUUGUGUAUAUUGCUGUCGUGGCAUGCACUCCAUCCGCAUUAUUUUCCAUCAAAAUGAAUGUAGAGUCAUCUAAACCUAUAGACGAAUCAAGUGGGACUGCUGAAACAACGACGCCAUCACUAGAAAAAAGUGACAAUCUAGAAACUUGCACAAAUUGCGGCUCUUCAGUUCCUUCACAAACUCUGCUAAUGCAUACUGCCUAUUGUCAAAGAAAUAAUCAGCGCUGCACAUUCUGCAACUUGGUCAUGCGCAAAUCCGAUUUUGCCAACCAUUGGCACUGUGACCUAUGCAAAAUGUACUGUGCUACAAGUAUGCAUGAACAGUCGCAUAAAGGUGCACUAGAUGCAACAGAAGCCGCAGUGCAGUCUAUGGAGCUAUUUAAACGGUCAUUCUUUCAAAAAAAAGGUGGAUAUAACCCAUCCGUAACAACAGAACAUUAUCUAUGUAUAUCGGAUUCAGUUUCAUCAAAACGACGGUAUCAAGUAGAAACUAUGAAACAGUUGAUGAAAUGCAGCAGUGGAUGGGGAGUAAAAGCAAUGGAAGCAAAUGGCGAUGAUCUGGAGCAAUCAAUUAAAUGGCUCGAAUCCAAUGCUCCCAAACCAGAAUGA